UAUUAUCUCCAACACAGAAAUUUGAAAUUUCUCUUUCGUUUGGGGCCUUAAUCGGAACUUCUAUGUCCAUGCGAUGAUUUUCUAUUCCUUGUCCUCUCCGACGAAUCACUUCUUCGGCUCCUUCGUUGCUGUUCGACUUCGCUCCUUCGACGACGUCCCUUCAAAUCGGAUCUGAAACCACAUCUCGUGACGACUAGGGGAGCUUGCUCUUGCUCGUUGCCAAGGUUUCUCCUGAAGUUCUCUGACCAAGCUUGAAAAAAGAAGUUAAAGCGUUGUAGUUGUAAGACCUGAUCCACGCUGUUGCUUGAAGCAGGAAAGAGAUGGUUUUAUACUUCAAGGCCCGGCCAGAGGUUGGGGACUACACGAUCUACAUGGGGCUGGACAAACACGAGAACGAGGAGCUGAUCAAGUACGGAUUUGCCGAGGACAUAUGGUUUCAUGUUGAUAAGAUGUCAUCAGCUCAUGUUUACUUAAGGUUGAACAAAAAUCAAACAAUUGAUGAUAUUAGUGAAGGUUUACUAGAAGACUGUGCUCAGCUUGUCAAAGCCAAUUCCAUUCAAGGAAAUAAGGUGAAUAAUGUAGAUGUUGUCUAUACUCCAUGGUAUAAUUUGAAGAAGACUCCUUCAAUGGAUGUUGGGCAGGUUGGGUUUCACAAUUCUAAAAUGCUUUUUAAGGUCCGUACCGUGAGAGUUGAGAAACGUGUAAAUGAGAUUGUCAACAGACUGAAUAAGACAAAAGUGGAGAGGAAUCCAGAUUUGAAAGAUGGUAGAGUUGGGAGUUCUUCUGCAACGACCCCAGAUGGAAUGGGAGAAGCUUCAAGUUCCACCUCUCUAAUAGAUGGGAGCGAUUGCGACUUUCUAAGGCAACAGCAGGCUCUGCAUGGAAGGAUAACUGGCCCAAAAAGGAGAUCAACUAAAGGACAGUGGACUCCUGAAGAGGAUGAAAUUCUAUGCAAUGCUGUUCAUCAUUAUCAUGGAAAAAAUUGGAAAAAGAUAGCGGAAUGUUUCCCAGAUAGGACCGAUGUACAAUGCUUGCACAGAUGGCAGAAGGUUUUAAAUCCGGCUCUUGUUAAAGGACCAUGGUCCAAGGAGGAAGAUGAAAUUAUAAUUGAAAUGGUAAACAAGUUUGGACCGAAGAAAUGGUCAACAAUUUCACAAGCUCUACCUGGACGCAUUGGGAAGCAAUGUCGUGAGAGGUGGCAUAAUCAUCUUAAUCCUGCAAUCAACAAGGAUGCAUGGACCCAGGAAGAGGAGAUAGCCCUCAUUCAUGCUCAUCAAAUUUAUGGAAACAAGUGGGCAGAGUUGACAAAGUUUUUACCUGGCAGGUGAGUGCUAAAUUUUUAUUUUAUUC